UAAAAGAGUUAAAUUUUCAAGCCAUACAAGACAAUUGCUCAAUAUUGUUACAAGCUUAUUUACAUCCACUUCACUUUAUUCGUCUAAUUUUAUUGCCAUUCUACAAUAAAUUUUGUUUCUGAAUAAUUUUAUUCCAUUAUUAAAAAAAUAAUAAUGGGCUUCUUUAAUUUAUCAAAUGUUACAAUAUUUGUAUUGUUAAUUAUUCUUGAAUUAAAUCUGUCAUCGGGGGCAUCAGUUGGAAUUGGAAACGGCAGUCCAAGUAAAUUGGAAGACAAUGGAAAUGAAGCCAUUAAGUUUGGAAAUCAUGAAUUAAACUUAUCUAUGAAGGCAACACUAAUGGAUAAAAAUUCGAACGUUACCAUUUGUCUUAAGCCAGUUAAAGUUAGUCAUGGAAACGCUGCGUCUGUCGCGGAAUGGAAUUACCGUGGUAAAUCAACGUACCAAGAACUUCACCUAGCUGCGAAUGGUGGAUCUUCAGGAACGGAUCCUGCUAAAAUCGAGUGGAUAAUUUCCGAUAAUUGUACUUCAACAGACAAACUCGGGACAACGUUUGAAUAUGCGGGCCAGUCCUAAAAUUUCCCACUGUUUUCAAGCUCCUUUUGCUCGAAAACGUUAUUGUGAAUAAGUUUUCGAGCUCUUCAAUUAAAAUAAAAUAUUUAAACUUAUUCCACCAUCUGAGUUAAAUAAUAAUAAUAAAUUAAAUCAUAUUUUCCAUAAAUAUGUGCAAACAAAAUAUCAAUUAACUCUCUCAUUAAUUAAAUAAAAAUUAUUUCAGUGCACCACACUGACAGAUAAAUUUAUUUGCCAGGAAUAAAAACACGUAUUAGAAUUUUUUCCAAAACAUCACUACAAAUUAAUAAAUUUUAAUUACAUCUAAAUAUGAAUUUUAUUUUAUACUAAUAAAAUCGAUUGCAGAGAAACAAAUGAGUGUUUUAUCAAAAAUGAAAUUUCACUAGCAUUUAAUAAAAUUUCAUUAGUAUUCAAUAAAAUUUUAUUAGACACAAAUAUUUGUUUACUGAUAUCACCGCAAGCAUUGUUUUAUGACGGCCAUCUUUAAUUCGUAUGAAAGUGUCAAAUUUGACUGCUGUUAAUUUAAUAAAAAUCGGUCUAUCAGUUGACCCUGCGGGCCAC